UCAGCUUGUAAACAGCCAACCCCAACAACAACAACGACCACCAGUGCAAAGGUUGCCUUUCUUCUCUGCUUUGGAGAGGGGGAUGCGUUGGUGUCAUCUUCUCGUCCCGUCAUAGCAGCAUCCGCGGAGACAAAAAAAAAGGACGAAGAAAAAUUUCGUGUUUUGUGUGGUAAAGUUUGAAAAGUGGACCCGUCGGGAUCACCGUGAACCAUGGAGCAGGACGAGUUCACACUGGAGUACUUUUGCAGAUUGUGCGCGGCGGAGGCCGCCCUCGGGGUCAUGUUGCACCCGUUGUUUCCGCCGGGGGACGAUGACCCGAAGGACGAGCUGGUUCGGAUGAUCGAUGUGUUGACGUCGGUGACGCUGAACCGCACGCAGGACUCGGCGGCGGUCAUCUGCGACAAGUGUCUGCAGAUGUUGGAUUUGUUCUGUCAGUUUCGGGAGGAGUGCUUACGGCAGGACGUGAUGAUUCGGACGAGGCGAGAGUUGGACAAGGAAAGACGACAGGAGGAAGCGGCUGCUGCGGCUGCGGCUUCGGCUGUGUGCGUUGAAAUCAAGGAGGAACCCGAGCAGGACGAGCCACCGACGAUAGUGAUAGACGACUGCAAGGAUGAACCACCGGGGGAGGAAGAGGAAGAUGACGACGAGGACGAUGAGGACCGGGGGGUGCAACCGUGCGCAAACCAGAUGGCACAACAGCUGCUGGCAUCUAGUCUCGUAACCAACAACAGUAGCAAUAACAGUAGUAGUAGCUUCAUGACCCCGGCGGAGAUUUCUCUCUACUCUCAAACUAGUAGUCUGUCGAUUUCGGUGCAGGUCAACCAGAUUUCCCUCGACAACAUGGGCACGGCCGCCCUGGUGGCCGUUCCAGUGAUUGCACCAAUCUCAGAUCAAAAUCAACUCCUACCGGAACAACCCCCACCGACCACAACAGGUUCAUCAACCUCCUCCUCCACCACAUUCCGCAAGGGCAAGCUCGACCCCAACAAACCCCCACCGGACUGCGAACUGUGCCAGGAGAGUUUCUCCACCCACUACGACUACGAGCAGCACCUGGACCAGGUGCACGCCUGGGACCGCGGAACGCGCUGUUCCCUCGCGUGUGACCCCUGCCAGAUGCGGUUCACCAAGUCGUACAACCUGAAGCGGCACAUGUACGAGGUGCACGGUGAACUCGCGCCCGGCCUCACGGUGACGGCGUGCGAGUACUGCGGCCUCAAGUUCCUCCGGGGGUACACGCUGAACCGGCACGUGGCCAAGAUGCACAGCAAGCGGGCCAAGGCCAAGAAGAUGAUGAUCCUGAAGAGCAAAUGAGGACGAAAGACGGCGGCGGCGGGAAAGUUUGUCCGGAACGGAGUGGCCAUACAUCGCAAGUAGUUCCAGUUAAGAUGAGAGAUAGGAAGGUGGUAAGUGUUUUUUUUUUGAAAGAAGGAAGUUCUGGAAAUUGUAAAGUAUUAUCUACCGAACUGACCAUUGUAUCCCUACUUGCAUUUAUAAGCCAUUCAGAUUUCAACCAAACAGAAAUUCCUUCUUAAAAGUCAAACAAGCACUUACAUGCCGUCCAAAUCCUCUACAGUACGCAUUUUAUUUGAGACAAAACAAAUUGGUUCCACAACAAACUACUUUAAUCUUCGUAACGCAGUGGUAUAUUUAUUUCUUAAUCAGUAUUAAGUUUUACUACCCUCUAAUGUAUUCUGUCGCGCUGUAGCUAUUGGUAUGAAUAUACUUAUUAAAUAUAUUUUAGUGCUUAGUGGAUAUGAAAAUAAGGAAUAAUGGUCCUUGAAACAAAUAAAGCAAAACAUAUGAAAAACACAACAAA